AGAAAGCCCGCGAGUGCGCGCCACGCGACGGGCUUGGCGGGGAGUCUGUUGCGGUGUUUGGGGUUGUUGGGCCGCAGAGGUAGAGUCGCCGCGGGAUCCGUAGCAGCACCAUGUCGUCGCCCGCCUCCACCCCCAGCCGGCGCCGCAGCAAGCGAGGCCGUGGCAGCAACCCCCCGACUCCGCAAGAUGCUCGGUCUCCGCCUUCGCAGAAGCGCCGCACAGACGACUCCACCUCCACCGGAGAUCUGCAGCCCAUGCCCACCUCUCCACCCGCUGACAUCCAGAGCCCCGGCGCCGCCGAUGCUCUGUUCUCCAGCCCCCCUCAGUUUCGCCACUCCGCUAUUCCUCUUGACUUUGACAUCAGUUCCCCUCUGACUUACGGCACACCCAGCUCCAGGGUGGAGGGCACCCCACGAAGUGGAGCGCGAGGGACUCCAGUUAGGCAGAGGCCAGAUCUUGGGUCUGUCCGUAAAGCCAGACAAGUGGACUUACACUCAGAUGGGCCAGCUGAGGAUGUAACAACUGAGCAGUCUCUUGGACAAAGGCUUGUUAUUUGGGGAACAGAUGUUAAUGUGGCCUCAUGCAAAGAAAAAUUCCAGAGAUUUCUUCAGCGCUUCAUUGACCCAAUAGCUAAAGAGGAUGAAGACAUUGGGUUGAAUCUUAACGAGCCACGCUACAUGCAGCGCCUUGAAGAGAUUAAUAUUGUUGGGGAACCAUUCCUGAAUGUAAAUUGUGACCAUCUAAGAUCAUUUGAUGAAAAUCUUUACAGGCAACUGAUCUGCUAUCCUCAGGAAGUUAUUCCAACAUUUGACAUGGCUGUCAAUGAGAUCUUUUUUGACCGUUACCCUGAUUCAAUAUUAGAACAUCAAAUUCAAGUUAGGCCAUAUAAUGCACUGAAGACAAGGAACAUGAGAAGUCUAAAUCCUGAAGAUAUCGAUCAGCUUAUCACCAUCAGUGGCAUGGUCAUCAGAACCUCCCAGUUAAUGCCCGAGAUGCAGGAAGCCUUCUUUAAAUGCCAGGUUUGCUCUUUUACCACCCGAGUAGAAAUCGAUCGUGGCAGGAUCGCGGAACCGUCUGUCUGCAAGAACUGCAACACCACGCACAGCAUGGCACUGAUCCACAAUCGAUCCAUGUUCUCUGACAAACAGAUGAUCAAACUGCAGGAGUCUCCUGAAGAUAUGCCACCUGGACAGACCCCACAUACAGUUGUGCUAUUUGCUCACAAUGACCUUGUUGAUAAAGUUCAGCCAGGUGAUAGAGUUAAUGUCACAGGUAUCUACAGAGCAGUCCCAAUUCGAAUUAAUCCGAGGGUCAGCAGUGUCAAAUCUGUCUACAAGACCCACAUUGAUGUCAUACACUAUCGUAAGACAGACUCCAAACGCCUGCAUGGUGUUGACGAGGAAACAGAGCAAAAAAUAUUUACAGAGGAACGUGUCAAAAUGCUGAAGGAGCUUUCUAAAAAACCAGACAUCUAUGAGAGGCUCUCCUCUGCCCUGGCCCCGAGUAUCUAUGAGCAUGAAGAUAUCAAAAAGGGUAUUCUGCUUCAGCUUUUUGGGGGAUCAAGGAAAGAUUUUACUCACACAGGAAGAGGCAAUUUUCGUGCCGAGAUCAACAUUCUUCUCUGUGGUGAUCCUGGUACUAGCAAAUCGCAGCUGCUCCAGUAUGUGUACAACCUGGUUCCUCGAGGCCAGUACACAUCUGGCAGAGGCUCCAGUGCAGUUGGUCUUACUGCAUAUGUGAUGAAAGAUCCAGAAACACGGCAACUGGUUCUUCAGACAGGUGCUCUAGUACUGAGUGACAAUGGCAUCUGCUGCAUUGAUGAGUUUGAUAAAAUGAAUGAAAGCACAAGAUCAGUACUGCAUGAGGUGAUGGAACAACAGACUCUCUCCAUCGCAAAGGCUGGAAUUAUUUGCCAACUGAAUGCUCGUACAUCCAUCCUAGCAGCAGCUAACCCUAUAGAAUCACAGUGGAACCCUAAAAAGACUACUAUUGAGAACAUCCAGCUUCCUCAUACCCUCUUGUCAAGGUUUGACUUGAUCUUUUUAAUGUUGGAUCCACGUGAUGAAGCUUACGACAGACGUCUUGCCCGUCACUUGGUUUCACUGUACUACCACAGUGAAGAAAAGAUGGAGGAGGAGUACAUGGAUAUGGCAGUGCUGAGGGAUUACAUUGCGUAUGCUCGUGGCUAUGUAGCUCCCAGGUUAGGCGAAGAAGCAAGUCAAGCCCUUAUUGAGGCAUAUGUGGACAUGAGGAAGAUUGGCAGUGGGAGGGGAAUGGUUUCUGCAUACCCUCGACAGCUCGAGUCUCUGAUCCGCCUGGCAGAAGCCCAUGCUAAAGUACGCUUCUCUGAGAAAGUGGAAACUGUUGAUGUAGAAGAAGCCAAGCGCCUUCAUCGGGAAGCACUGAAACAAUCUGCCACUGAUCCAAGGACAGGAAUUGUGGACAUAUCCAUUCUCACUACAGGAAUGAGCGCAACAGCUCGUAAACGGAGAGAAGAGUUGGCUCAAGCCUUAAGGAAACUUAUCCAGUCAAAGGGUAAAACACCAACUCUGAAGUACCAGCAGCUUUUUGAAGACCUUCGAGCACAGUCUGAUGCAGCUGUCACAAAGGAAAUGUUUGAAGAAGCACUUCGUGCCUUGGCUGAUGAUGACUUCUUGACUGUGACUGGGAAGACUGUUAGGCUGCUGUGAAUCAGCUCUCUGUUUGAGCCGACUGCCACAGCUUUCACUUUUGCCUUGAGACCGUGUCAGUCUGCAAGAUGUUUGAGAUUUGGGACUAUCAUUCACUAUGACAAGCAUAGCUUUUCCUUGCAAGCCAAGUGCUGUGGCUUCACUUUGCCUUACAAUAGUGCCAGUCUGCAAGAUUUCUGAGAUUUGGGGCUUUCACUUUUUCUGAGAAGUGUAGCAACAAUGAAUUGGCACUUCUGUCAGCAGAAGGUAUCACCUAAGUAUCCUCAGCUGAAAAAUUCUAUUUACAUUUUAGCUAAAUGUAAUUGUUAAUGUCAAGUGCUAUCUGGUUUUAUGAAGUUUUGUAGAACAUGCUCACGAUGUUGUAUGUAUUUCUACUUGAACUGUAAAAAUUCAUCCUAAAUGACUUUUUAGUAAAUGCAGUUUGACUGUUAGCAUUACUGCAACCUGAAAUAAAGUUACUGGACUUAAAAGGGCUCUUGAAAUAAAUGCUGAAGUAAAAAUGAGCAGAUCCUUAUUAGGAAUGAGUCUAGUGUUUACAGAGUUACUUGCAGGAGAAUCCCACCAGGUGGCUCUUAAAGCCUGUAUAUAGUAGUUGGAGAUUAUUUGUUUUCAGUCUGUAGUGGUAGUUUGUAACAAGAAAGGACUGCGAGUGCCAGUCUGCAGUUAGGGGGAAUGGAAGUGAUUGUAAACAGCCUUUUGGUUAAAAAAAUCUGAUUAAAAGAUCCUAACCAUACGUAUGUUAAUUUGAAGUGUACACAAAGCAAUAGGAAGAUGAAAGUAGUUUACUUAAACUGAGAAUAUUUUCCUUAUUCUAUGCAAUUGUCUCAAACUCUAUAUUGUAAUUUACUGCAUUGACCCUGUGCUGUUAGAAAUUACAAUUAAGCUAAUUUAACAAAAAAGGCAAUUCAUUUCAAGACUGGAAUAUGCCACCAGGGGAAAGCAUCCUGCCAGAAACUUGCCUGUUCUCAGCUUUCUCUCACUAAUUGAAAAGAGCAGCUCCAGCCUGACCAGGAUGCUAAAGCAGGUUGAACACUAUCUUUACUGCAGAUGUGAGAAUGCCCACAAAAGGUAAGCUGUUUCCCUUGGUAUAAACAAUAAUGCUCCCAAGGGUCUGCUACUGGGGAUUUUUUUAAUUGAAAAACACAAUGUUGUGCAUAAAA